UGUUGUUUUAAAUUUGAAUCAUAUUUUAAGUGUUCAUACUAAUUUCUGGUACUUCAUAUAUAAUUCACUUACUGUCUUAAUUUGAGGAUGGAUGAUCUGUUGUUAAAAAGUUUUGACUUCUUACAUAUUUGCAAUGUAUCCCUGCCUCAGGUGGAGGAUGCCCUGUCCUAUCUUGACCAGGUGAAGCUGCAGUUUGGUAGUCAGCCUCAGGUCUACAAUGAUUUCCUUGAUAUCAUGAAGGAAUUUAAAUCUCAGAGCAAUGAUACUCCAGGUGUGAUUAGCCGUGUAUCCCAGUUAUUUAAAGGCCAUCCUGACCUGAUCAUGGGCUUCAAUACCUUCUUGCCUCCUGGCUACAAAAUUGAGGUGCAGACUAAUGACAUGGUGAACGUGACAACUCCUGGCCAGGUUCAUCAGAUCCCCACCCAUGGCAUCCAGCCCCAGCCUCAGCCACCACCUCCACAUCCUUCUCAGCCUUCAGCCCAGUCAGCUCCAGCUCCUACUCAGCCAGCUUCUCAGCCCACACCUGCCAAAGUCAGCAAG